AUGUGUAUCUCCAACAAUAUCGUAACUACACGAAGACGAACAAAGCUUUGCAACAAGGCGAGUAGCAACGGCAGCACCAGCAGCGGCGACCUUAGCGAGCGACUUCGAGCUCUUCAUGGCUGCAAUCCCCUAAACUAUGACGCGGACUUGGCGGAACAGGCUCAGAAACACGCCGAGUUUCUUGCCCUGAAGCGUCGAAUGGUGCAUAGCAACGCUUUUGACUACGGUGAAAAUAUUGCGAAAAAGUUUGGUACUCCGGGAUUCAAGCUCACUGGUCACUUCACACAGUGCGUGUGGUCAGACACGGAGCGGGCAGGAUUCGGCUUCUCAAAGGCGAGGGAGGGCGAUUUAGUCAUUGUGGUAGGCCAGUACCGACCACCGGGCAAUUACUCCGGCGAGUUUCCCUCCAAGGUGCCUCGGCCGUUGAGCGGCGAACCGCGAGUGCCCAGUCUGGAGGAAAUUUCCGCAAAGGAGUCCCGGAACGCUACACUACUGGCCUACUACGACUUCAGAAAAGACUAG